CCCCUUUCCGUCUUCCAGGCCCGCCCCUCCCUCUGGGGCGCUGCGCGGCGGGUGACCGCAGGUGGCCUUCCUCCGGAGCCGCGGCCCGGGGGCAUGGGCGCAGCCAGCCCCGAUGGACGACAAGACCAAGAAAGCGGAAGAGAUGGCCCUGAGCCUGGCUCGGGCAGUGGCUGGUGGAGAUGAACAGGUAGCUGUGAAAUGUGCUAUCUGGCUGGCAGAGCAGCGGGUGCCCCUGCGUGUACAACUGAAGCCUGAGGUCUCCCCAACACAGGACAUCAGGCUGUGUGUGAGCGUGGAGGAUGCCCAGAUGCACACUGUGACCAUCUGGCUCACUGUACGACCAGACAUGACAGUAGCCUCCCUCAAGGACAUGGUCUUCCUGGACUACGGCUUUCCACCCACCCUGCAGCAGUGGGUGUUUGGGCAGCGGCUGGCACGAGAUCAGGAGACCCUGCAUUCCCAUGGGGUGCGGCAGAAUGGGGACGGUGCCUACCUGUACCUGCUGUCAGCCUGCAACACCUCGCUCAACCCUCAGGAGUUGCAGCGGCAGCGGCAGCUGCGGAUGCUGGAAGAUCUGGGCUUCAAGGAUCUCACAUUGCAGCCACGUGGUCCUCUGGAGCUUGUCCUUCCCAAGCCUGGUGCCCCUCAGGAUCCAGGACAGCCAGGUGCAGAGCCCCCACCAGUGGGCUGGCAGUGCCCAGGGUGCACCUUCAUCAACAAGCCCACGAGGCCCGGCUGUGAGAUGUGCUGCAGGGCGCGACCCGAGGCCUACCAGGUGCCUGCAUCCUACCAGCCUGACGAGGAGGAGCGAGCACGGCUGGCUGGCGAGGAGGAGGCGCUGCGCCAGUACCAGCAGCGGAAGCAGCAGCAGCAGGAGGGGAACUAUCAGCAGCAUAUCCAGCUGGAGCAGAAGAGUCUGGUGCUGAACACGGAGCCCGCUGAGUGCCCGGUGUGCUACUCAGUGUUGGCGCCUGGCGAGGCUGUGGUGCUGCGAGAGUGUCUGCACACCUUCUGCAGGGAGUGCCUGCAGGGCACCAUCCGCAACAGCCAAGAGGCAGAGGUCUCCUGCCCCUUCAUUGACAACACCUACUCCUGUCCUGGCAAGCUGCUGGAGAGGGAGAUCCGGGCGCUCCUGUCCCCUGAGGACUACCAGCGCUUCCUGGACCUCAGCGUCUCCCUGGCAGAGACCCGCAGUGCAUUCAGCUACCACUGCAAGACCCCCGACUGCAGGGGCUGGUGCUUCUUUGAGGAUGAUGUCAAUGAGUUCACCUGUCCCGUGUGCUUCCACGUCAACUGCCUGCUCUGCAAGGCCAUCCACGAGCACAUGAACUGCAAGGAGUAUCAGGACGACCUGGCCCUUCGGGCUCAGAAUGACAUGGCUGCCCGGCAGACGACGGAGAUGCUGAGGGUGAUGCUGCAGCAGGGCGAGGCCAUGCACUGCCCGCAGUGCCAGAUUGUGGUGCAGAAAAAGGACGGCUGCGACUGGAUCCGCUGCACGGUGUGCCACACGGAGAUCUGUUGGGUCACCAAGGGCCCGCGCUGGGGCCCGGGCGGCCCAGGGGACACCAGUGGGGGCUGCCGCUGCAGGGUCAAUGGAAUUCCUUGCCACCCCAGCUGUCAGAACUGCCACUGAACCGAAGAUGGCGGGACUCCACACCAAUCCAGCCUUACAUCUGUAGGCAGUUGCUGGGCAGGUCUGGGCCUGGAGCUUUGGCCUUGCUUUUGAUUUCUGGCCUGUGAGAGGCCUCUGUGCUUGGCAUGGCGAGGCCUGCACUGCAUGGACGGCAUGCUCAUCACGGGUCUCGCAAGGACUAGCCCGAGUCGGCUGUUGUCCACAGUCACAUCUGCCCCAGUGCCUUUGCCUUUCCUCGGGGCUCGCUGGCUGGACCUCUUAGUGCUCUUGGCAACUCUCUCCUCUGCCUGAUGCCAGCCUUGAAGCAGCCCCUGGCCAAAGGUCUCACUGGCUGGAGCCUCUGAGCUUCCGUAACUCCAUUCUCCUCCCGUGUCACCUUUGCCCCGGACACAGAGCCCCUGCUGUCUCCCCUGCUUGUCCAUUUUUGGGGUAACUUUGCUCUGCUGUUGUUAUUGGAGGCUUGGUGCCUCUGAGAGCUGCUGUGAACCUGUUCAGAGCCAGAGAGAGACCGGGCAGGACUGAAGCACAGCGCAUUGACCCAGCGCUGUCUCCUGUUCUGCCACUUGAAGUGAAUUAAAAUGGUUUUCCAGGA